AUGAAAAGAACUUCAUUGUUUGAGGAUGAUAAAACAAAUCUGGACAAGAUUUAACACUCAUUUAAAAUAAUGUUUUUCGAAAUAGUACAUAACUUGAUCUUAGGAGAUAAUUUCCCUUUCUUUAUUUAUGUAUUUUUUAUACUUAUUGAAAGUUUAUAAGUAUUCCAUUUUUUUUUCACUGAUGAAGUAUGUUUAAUAAUUUAAUUAUUUAGUUUUCUUCGCUUUGGAAAGUGUAAUCAUGGACAUCUGCUCUCAACUCUUUUUUUAGUUACUUUAUGAUUUAGCCUUAUUUGAAAAAUUUGAGUUUCUAAACCUAUAUUUUAGUGAAUUAUAUUGUUAUGGGAUUAAUUAUGCUCCUCCUAAUAGUUGUAUUAUUCAUAGCAUUAAAGUCAGCAAGUUUAGGCAGAAUGACUGGGACUUUAAUGAUUUUAAAAAUAUUUUUUGAAGUAUUAAAUUAUGUUUUAUUCAUGCCCAUAUUGCAGUUGUUUUUAACGAUAUUCAAUUGUGAUAACUCAACCCACAUUCAUAAGAUAUACAAGGAUUAACAAUGUUAUAAUGGAAAUUAUUUAUUGCACGUUUUAUUGUGUUGUAUUGCCUCGAUAAUAUUGAUUGCAGUAAGUACCCUGGUCACAUUGAUGUUUUUUGAAUCGAGAUUUUAGAUCAACAAUCCUCAAUGCAAAGUCACAGGCAGAGAAGAUUUGAUAUUUCUGAUUUUUAAAGUAGUGAUGGUCUUAUGUUUUACAAUAUUGGACGUACAAAAUUAAAGGUUGUUGAUCAUUAUAGUCUUAACACUGUUCUCCAUUAAGCUAUUUCACUCCUUCAACAAAUCCAGCAUUUACUUAAACAUCUACUUUGCCAAAUUACUUAAUGGUUAACACAUGAUUAUCCUAUGGACUAUGAUGAUGGUUGUGUUAGGAUUGAUACUAGAAAACACAGAUUAUGAUGGAGCCCCUUAAUUAUGGGUAAUAUGUACACCAUUAUUAUUGAUCAUAAUUUUGGUGCGUAAAGAGUACAGAUAUGAAGUAAUGAUGGUGGAUUCAAAUAAAUUUGAUUCUUUGGAUCAAUCAUUGUAAUUGUUAUAAUACUUAACCAAAUUGGUUGGUUAUUAUGACAAAGAUGAGAGCAUUGCAUCGUUGUUGGAUGGAUUUGUAGAAUAUCAUAAAGUAACUUGUAAAAGAGAUGAUUGUCCUUGUUCUCCUAAAAACAUGAAUGAGAAAAGGAUUGAGAAAUUUAAGAAGGGCGUGAAAGAUUUAUCCAUGAAAUCCUAAUAUGUCAUCUUAAUUUAUAUUGUUGAAAAGAUCUAUGUGUUAAGUUUAACUCGUUACCCUAAUUGUAUUGAAUUGAGAAUUUCCCAUGCCUUAUUUUUGUAUGAAAAAAUGCAAUCGACCAUUCAAGCCCUGUAAGAAUUAGCCUUGGCUGAAUAGGAAAAGCCUUAUUUAGAUUAGUAAUUCUUAAUUUUCAGAUUACGAAAGAUAAUAGAAGAACAAAUGUUUGACUCAGGAAAUCUGACAAAUGUAAAUGAAUUCACCGCAGAGAAUAACUUGAGAGAAAUUAAAAUGCUAAUUGAAAAGUCAACUUAAUUGCAUCUAGAUUUUUGGAUAAAACUAAGAGAGGAUACACCAGAUCUAGGGAAAUUGUAUGAAGUGGGAUUAAGAAUGUUGUAUGUUGACAAAGUCUUAGAUGAUUAAUGGAAGAGGAUUAUGAAAAUCAAUUUUGAUAUGCCACCAACUCUAUUGAUGAUGUAUUCCAGAUAUUUGAUAGAUGUACUCAAUGACAGAGAAGAAGCAGAAGAUGUUGUUGAAAGAUUAAAGAAUUUAUAGACUUUUGACAUGGAUCGAGGAAAAAUAAUUAAUAAUCUUAAGGAUUUCGUUAAUGAAUCCACAGCCUUAAUCAGUAUUUCAGCUGAAGAUGGCAAUUUCAGUAGAAUUUUAGGAUUGAAUUAAUCAUGCGCUAAAACGUUUGGAUACACAAAAUCGGAAUUGCUUGAUCGAAAGAUUAAUGUCUUGAUGCCCAAUAUUUAUGCUCAAUACCAUGAUCAAUUUUUGGAAGGUUAUACUUAAAGUCAAGAGAGCAGGGUCUUAAAUCGAGAAAGGCUUUUAAUAGGAAAGCAUAAAUCUGGAUAUAUAUUUCCAUUCUUUAUUUAUGUUAGAUACAUCCCAUCUUUGAUUAAUGGCUCUUAAUUCUUUGCUGCCAUAAAGCAAGAAAGAUACUUUAAAAAUCAAGCUUACAUGAUCGUUAAUAGUUUUGACAUGUGCAUUGAAAAUAUAAGUGCUUAAUUCAUAAGUCUCUUCCACAUUGAUCUCAACUAUAUAUCAAAGAAGAAAACUCAAGUUUCAGAUCUGAUUCCAUAGUUUGAAGAGUUCAAAUAAGAACUUAUGAGUAAAUAAGGUUAUGAAACUACGGUCUAAUAUAAGAGCAGAGAUUAGUUCAUUUAGCAGUAAUUUUAAGUCUAUGUGAGUGAGAUUUGCAUUUGUGUGAAUAGAUUUAUGAAUAAUUAGAAUAAGGAAGGAAAUUUAGUAUAAACUAACCUUACAUUGAAUGUUCCACAAUCAUAACAUCAUAAAAAAGAUGAAAGAUAGGCAUAAUUAUUUGGUUAUAUCAUUAAAAUGGAGUAGAUCAGAGGAGAAAAAUCCAUUUUACAAACUCCUUCUGAACAUGGACCUGCAUCAGCAAGAAAGCAAUUGAAUUCAGCAUAGAAGUUUCUCUUUUAAUUUGAUUCAAAAGAAAUUCCUGGAAUGAAGGAGAAAAUUGAAUAACUAAAAAAAUAAUUUAAAAAAGACAACAAUACUAAAUUUCCAGAUCAAUUUGAUUAUAGAUUUAUUGGAGAGUACAUAUCUGAUCAAAAUUUUUAGAUGUCGGCUAUUUCAAUAUCAAAGUAAGAUGAAACUUAUGAGUAUUCAUAAAAAAAUGAUGAUGACAAAACUCCAUCAUCUAAAUUAGAUGAAAAGAACAAUUCUUUAGCUUUGGGAAUUAAAACUAUGAUCUUAAUUGGAGGGUAACUUUUUGAUUCAGAAGAAUAUUAGAAUUUGGAAUUCGAAGAGGAAGAAGAUGGAUAAUCUAAAAUAGUUGGUUAAAUGCCAUCAAAAUAGGAAGAAGAUUAAGAAUAAGAUAAUGGAAAUGCAAAUGUCUACAAAUCAAAGAAGACAUUUGUCCAAUUUUUAAAAGAAAGCAAAAGUGCAAACUAAUCAAGUUUAACAUGUUUCAGAUGGAAUGCUGCACUACUUAUCAUUUUCUUAGGGGUCUUAGGUCUCUUAAAUUAUAUUUUAACUCAACAACUAUUUUUUGGAGUCUAUGAUGGCUAUAAGAAUGUUAUUAAUAGUAAUUAAAGAGUUGCUUUGGGUUAAAGAAUUUUAUGGUAAACAGUAGAAUUAUAUCUAUUGAUUUAGCUAAACCCAUAUGUUGAUUAAACCAAAAAUAUUGCUGAUUAAAGGCAAAGCUUAAAUUAGAGCAUUUCCUAUUUGUAAGAACUUUAAUUCGUUUUAUAAUCAGCAGUUGUUGAAGGAGAUUAAGUUGAUUUAAUUAGAACUAAUUCUGUAAAAAUGACAGGAAGAGAUCAAAGUGGAACUCUAUCAACAUAAUUAGUGGAUCUAAAUUAAGGAACUGCCUAGAUUUUAUCAAAGGCCUUGGAAUUGCUAUAGAGUUAUAAUCCAGAGUCAUAAUUUUUUGUUAGUUAUAAUUUGCUUAAUAAUUAUUUUGAAGCUGUUGUAUAGAGCGCAAACAUUUAUGGAGCUUAAUUGAGAGAUAAACUCAAUGGAUCAUCCAUAGUCAUCACAUUAUUUAUAGUUGCUUGUGCAUUUGCUGUGGUAUCAGUACCAUUGAUUGCAUGCAUGUUUAGUUUAGUAAGUCAGAACUAAGAAAUUAUUAUGAAACUAUUUUUAUAAAUUUAGAUUAACAAAGUUAAGAAAUUGGUGAAUAUUUGUGAAGGCUUUUUUAAUUCACUUUAAGUAGGAGAAGAGGAUGAUGAAUUACACAGAGAUAAUGAAGGAUUUAUGGACGAUGAUGAAGUGCAGGAUGAAGAUGAGGAGUAUCUGGAGAGACACAAAAAGAGAAAGAAAUAUAAAUACGACCUAAAAAAUAAGCGUAACUUUUACCUUAAGUUUGCUAUUUCAAUGGUAAUGUUAUUAGGAUACUUUUUAACUCACUUUUUGAUUGGAGAUUAUUUAUAAAAUGCCUUUAGCUCAUUAAUUGAUGAAAUAGAAGCCACUAGUUAAUUGGUUCCUAAUAUUACAUUUUCUAAUAAUGUAAUAAGGUAAAUGAUCAUUGAUCCCACCUUUGAAGUGAAAGGAAGCUCAUCCUAUCUCAUCUCUUCCACCUUUGUUAAAGAGUUAUAUGAUCUCAAUACUAAAAUCUAAAAGGAACACUCUUCAAAUAUUCAAUAUCAUAAUCCAACAUAUAAUACACAUUUUGAUUCUUUGAUGAAAUCAGGAGCAUGUUCAUACCUAUUUUCAAUCAUUGAAAUUGAUAUUAAUACUUGUUAAUCAUUCAUUGAGGGCAUAAUUGAUUAAUCCUUAUCCUUAGCACUCUCAAGAUAUUUUGAAGAUAUCAGAUCCCAAUUACAAGAAUAUAAUAACAUUAUAAAGGAUCCCUCACAUAAGAUAUCUGGCACUCUUUACAAUUUCACAUCCAAUUCAACUUAAAAUAAAGCUUUAUCUCUCCUUUACACUGAUACCUAAAGGAAUGAAAUUGGUAAGUAAAUGAUAUUUAAUUUUAGACAUAUUAUAAGAUAUGUAUCUGAGACAAAUCUUUUCAUAUACAACUGACUUAUUUUUGACUAGUGUACAAUAAGAUGUUGAUACAAAUACAACUACAUCUGUUGCGAUAUUUAUAGUAUUUUUGGUUGUUUUGGUUUUGAUUUACCUUUUCUUUUGGUGGCCAACUGCUACUAAAAUAAACAAUGAAGUAAUAUUAUUAAAUAUAAAUCAUUAGAUAAAGAAAACAACUUUAUUAUUAGCCAAUAUUCCUUUAAGUCUAAUUAAGCGAAGCAAAGCAAUAAGAGAAUACUUAAAUAGAAUGCAUGAAAUUGAAUGA